UAUGGAAGCAAAUCCUCCACCCUCAUACCCAGGCCAGGCUCAACCAGUCCAUGUGAACGUCAUCAACGUGCAGCCCGUGGCAGGUCACACUGUGUUGAUUGGCCAGCCAGUAGGGACUGUGCCAGCAUUGGUCGUCUGCCAAUACUGUCGGCACCAGGUCAUCACGACGAUCGAAAAACAAGCAACUUGCCGAGCACACUUAUGGGCCAUCUUUUUAUUUCUUGCUGGAUGCUGGCCUUGUAUGUGCAUACCCUACUGUACUAAAAGGUGCACGAACUUCGACCACUACUGUCCAAACUGCAGAGCUUAUAUCGGCAGGGGGGACUAAAGACAGACAUUUGACCUUGGGAUGCAACAUGCACUUAAACUGUUUUUGUUUUGGGAUCUAGAGUUCUUGGCGAGUCAAAGUUUUGUGUUUUUGUACUGAUGGCUGUGUCUCUCUACCAUGUAAUUUGUAGUUUAAUCUUUAUUCCAUUUCAUCCUUUAAUUGCUUUUGUAUAAUAGUUCAUAAUGGUAAAUUCUCAUAUAUACUCGAUUGGCAGCUUUAUUUUAGUAAAUGGAAAGAACAGCCCUAAGUUUAGCCUUGGAAUUAAGAUUUAAACCAUUCACUGCCGAAAGAAAACUUAUGAAGGUAAAACCUCCACUAAGCGUCUGUCACAAAGUCUGUCUGUCGUCAGAAAUCAACGUGGCCGUUAUCGUGUUAAGGUAAACUAUACUUGUGAUUCCCAUUUAGAAUAAGAAUCACAAGUAUAGAGGAAAGUUGACAUAAGAGUCAAGAUUAAAAUAAAAAUAGUACCUAUUCAAACGUUGGUAGAGAUUGGAUUUGUAUGAUAUGAAGUUUAUAGUUUUGUUAUUGUAUCUAGUGGUGGUGUAAUAAUAUGGUGAGCAGUGUUAGUAGAAUCUAACGAAAAAUAGAAGUGUUACUUGUUAUACAUAUUAAUUCUGUUUUUAUGAUUGUCGAUGAUUAUCGAUAUAUUCGAAUGCUCAAACUAAAUGUGGAAAAUAAUGUGGAAAUUAGAUUAUUUUAUUCAUAGUCUGUAAUUUUUUUACUAUCGUAUUAUUAAUCUGAGAUAAUAAUCUCAAAUUAAUAAUGAUAUCGAUAAUAAUUAAUGCCUUAAAAGUACCUUUUUAAUUGUGAUAAGGUAGAAAUGUACAUCAGGUGUUGUCUGUGUCGAUAAAAAGAAACAGAAGUGGUUUUUUGUGUACUUACUAACUUAUGUAAAAAUUAUUGAUACCAACUAAAAAUCACAGUUUACUCACGCAUAUUAAUGUAGAAAAGCUUUACUACUUUCGAGUCACAGAGGA